GAAGGCCUCACUCUCGCCCAUCAACCCAGCCGCUGAAAACCCUGCAAACGAAAUCGACAUCUCAGGACAUGCGUAGAGUGGCGCUCGUGCAGGUGGUCGUGGUGCUGGCCGUUGUGGUGGCCGUCUGCGAGGCGCAGGUGAGGCCGCUGGGGAACGUUGGUGGGCCGUUGGGAGCGGCGUUGUUGCAGAGACACGCCAAAGUGGCUCGUACGAUUAGGGGCUUCAAAAACAUGGCCCUGUCGACGGCCAGGGGCUUUGGAAAGCGCACCCCUCAAGCACUGAACGCUGAAUUUGCUCCCGACGCACAACAAGAUUUGCCAGUGGAGUGGUUAGCAGCGCAGUUGAGUGCCAACCCUGAAGUGGCGCGUGCAAUUUUGCGCCGCUUCGUUGACACAGACCACAACGAGCGGCUCUCCUCCGACGAGCUGCUUCAGCAGUGAAACUGGCGAGUCUCGCUUAAUUCCUCCUGAUUGAACCCCCCAUCUUUGUCAGGACGAAAUAAAGGGGCCAAGACGGACGCGCGCCGGGCCGGCUGAGGAAGCGCCUAAUUCGCCUCCCUCGGUAUCAAUUUCCUCUAUUUCGAAUUUGACGCUUCGUCCGACGCGCGCCCGUUUUUGCAAACCCGCGCAAUAACUCUACUCUUCAUCAAUUCAAUCUGCUUUCUCCACGUCUAAAAAGAAAUAAAGAAAGUGCGGUUAUUUUCCUGCUGGUGUCGUUUUAAUCUUGUCUGCUUAAAAGAUGUAGAAUAUUGUAUUCAUAUAUUUGUAUGCUUUCUUUUUUGUCUAUAUUACGUUGAAUAAAGAUUAUUCUAGCUUCGAAUUUGAGA